AUCACCUAACUGCUUAUAACUUCUCCUCCUCCAUUCUAUACUAUCAUCCUAAAACAAUUCUCCAACACCAUAAAUAUCAUCACUCAUCUCUUCUUGAAAGAAAUUUCACAGAGUUUCAGACAUUUGAGGAUGGCAUCGCUGAAAUCCCGGCUGCAGCACUCCGUCACUCCUGUUGCCCUUAGAUCUUAUCUUGCAGAGUUCAUAUCCACAUUCCUCUUCGUCUUCGCCUCAGUUGGCGCCGCCACUUCUUCAUGGAAGAUGACGGCGUCUGACCCGGCCUCUCUGACGGCUACUGCAAUCGCGAGCGCCUUUGCUUUAUCAGCGGCUGUUUACAUCGCCGCCAGCAUCUCCGGUGGCCACGUCAAUCCCGCGGUGACGUUCGCAAUGGCCGUGGGAGGCCAUAUUACCAUCCCCAUGGCCGUCUUCUAUUGGAUGGCGCAAAUGCUCGGCUCUGUCAUGGCCUGCCUUGUGCUUAAAACUAUGACUGUCGGACAGAAAAUCCGUGUUCACACAAUUCCGGACGAAAUGACCGGAUUUGGAGCGUCGAUCCUGGAGGGCGUGAUGACGUUCGGGCUCGUAUACACGGUGUAUGUGUGUGCAGACGCGAGGAGGAGCAGCGCGAUUGGGCCGUUGGCAGUCGGGUUUAUCUUGGGCGCCAACGUGCUGGCAUCGGGGCCUUUCACGGGUGGGUCGAUGAAUCCAGCGUGCGCCUUUGGUGCGGCCCUUGUGGGAGGGAGUUUCAAGAAUCAGGCAGUUUACUGGGUUGGACCCUUGAUCGGAGCCGCACUUGCUGGGAUUCUCUACGACAAUGUGGUUUUCCCUGCACAUUCUGUUUCCGAUGGAGCCGUCGUCGGCAUCUAAUUUACUAUGUGUUGUUACCCUUAAAACAAUCAUCCUUUCUUUGUAUUAUUAUGUAUAUGUUGAAUCUAAUAGGCCGUUAUUGUUUAUACAUACAUUUUCAAGCAAACAAAACAACACUACAAUUACAAUACAUAACAAAAGGUAACAAGUUAAGUUGAAGCAUCUAAUUUAGUUCUAAAUGAGGCCGGCAGAGAUUUCCAAUCACACGACUUGUUGAAGAACUUAGCACCCUUUCUCCCAACGCCGGUGCCUGCAAGACUCGAGGAAAGGCGGCUUCUCGAAUCCGGUUCCCAUUUCAAAUCUUUGAGAGCUGCAAACACAUUGGAAAGUAGUGGAUUGAUCUCUUCAUCCUUUAUGUUGUUACAAGAUAUCACUUUGAGGCUCUUAAGCUCGUCCCAAGAGAUGAUCACGCUCUCCAGCCCGUGCGUGCUCAGCAACGAGCAUCCUUGUAUCGACAGAGAGCUCACCCUCCU